AUGGUAGAUAUUCGUAACAAAAGGAUAAUAGAUAAAAUUACUAACUUAUCUACUCUGUGUAUUGAAUCGCGUAGCUCAAUAUGUUCUAUUAAAGCAUAUACAUCAGAGCAGGAUUUUACAGACUUAAUUAAAAAAUUUCCUAGUAUUAUUACAGCACAAUCAUUCACUACAAGACAUGCACAUAGUACCGUACACUACAUUGAGACUCGUGGUCCACCAGUAUUUGAGAAACCGAGGCGAUUGGCACCAGACAAAUUGGCCAUUGCUAAGAAGGAGUUUCAAUACAUGAUCGAACUUGGCAUUUGCAGGCCUUCAAAAAGCCCAUGGGCAUCUCCCUUGCAGAUGGUAAAAAAAAAAGGGCAAGACCAGUGGAGACCAUGUGGGGAUUACAGGAGGCUAAAUGGAGUAACAAUUGAGGAUCGUUACCCAAUAGCGCAUAUACAGGACUUCAGCCACAUGUUGUCAGGUAAAAACAUAUUUUCCACUUUAGAUUUAAAGAGAGCCUAUCACCACAUUCCAGUGCACCCGGAGCACAUACCAAAGACUGCCAUCACUACUCCAUUUGGAUUAUUUGAAUUUGUCCGAAUGGGGUUUGGUCUGAAGAACGCUGCACAAUCAUUUCAACGAUUCAUAAAUGAAGUGUUCAUUGGACUUGAUUUUUGUUUCAUAUAUAUUGAUGAUAUACUAGUGGCUUCACAGAGCGAGGAAGAGCACAGAACACAUUUACUUUUGGUCUUUCAACGUUUGGAAAAAUUUGGCUUAACAAUUAAUAUACAGAAAUGCUGUAUUGGUAAAAAGACUGUGAAAUUCUUGGGCUAUAAUAUAACUGAUAAAGGCACUGAACCAGAUCCAGAAAGAGUAUCAGUUAUACAAGAUUUCAGACAACCUAAGGUAAUUAAGGACCUCAGACGUUUCUUAGGGAUGAUUAACUUUUAUAGGAGGUGGAUUCCUGGAGCAGCAAAGAGCCAAGCAAUUCUAAACAAUUAUCUUAAGCAGUCAACAAAGAACGACAAGACCCCAAUACAGUGGACGGCAGAAGCAAUAGAAGCUUUUAAUAUGUGCAAAACCAAGUUAGCCGAGGUAACUAUGCUAACGCAUCCACGAGUAGGUGCUAAACUUGCAUUGACCACUGAUGCUUCAGACAACGCAAUAGGCGCGGUGUUGGAGCAAAAAGAAACAGACGGAAACUGGGCGCCAGUAGCAUAUUUUUCUAAGAAGUUGUCUUCUACUCAACAAAAUUAUAGUACGUAUGACCGUGAGUUAUUGGCAAUAUAUUCGGCAGUGAAACAUUUUAAGCACAUGCUAGAGGGCCAAAUAUUUGUAAUUUACACUGAUCAUAAACCACUAGUUACAGCGUUUGAGCAAAAAUCAGUGAAGGCAUCACCAAGACAGUUGAGGCAACUAGACUAUAUAGGACAAUACACCACCAGUUUGGAAUAUGUAUCCGGAAAGGAUAAUAUACCAGCAGACUUCUUAUCAAGGAUUGAAACAAUAAACUUUCCAGGUACCUACACUAGAUUAUGA